AUGGUGCUCCACAAGUCGAAAUGGGACAAAAAGGCGACGAACAAGUAUAUGAAGAAGCAUGGCAUUCAAAAGCCUGAAGAGCCAAAACCCGUCAAAGCCAAGUGGUCCGCAAAGAAGUCUUCGAACAAACCGAAGGCUUUGUUGCACUUUGAUGAUGACGAGAGUGAAUGGGACUCCGAAGAUGAAGCACUUUUAGACCACUUUUAUCCGCAAUUGGGCGAAAGUGAUAUUCCCAUAGAAUCCAAGCUUGCUAUCAAGCGCCAGAUUGUCAACGCUUUGAUGCAGCAUCAGCUGGCCCAGGAGGAGAAUAAAGAAAAGGAGAAGGAGAUAGCGUACAAUGAGCAGGAUGGGAUAUAUUUGGGCACGAAACACGAAAAGCCAGAGGAGAUUCCGGAGGAAGGUGAGCUUGAGAUUGAUGAGGAGGCUGCUAAGUACCUAUUGCCCAAAGAUGUGCUUGAGACAAAAAUUGCCGAGUACCUUUCCUCGGAUAUCAGACCUCAGAAGAACAGAAAACUUCUCAAGAGCAAGAUGUCAGAAAAUCUUCUAGACGAGUAUGGUCUCGAUAGCUACUCUAGCACGGUGAAGGACACAGACUACAGUAAAGCCAGCAACAAGCAAAAAUGGAAAGAUUUGGAGAAGUUUUCAGCUGAUGAACUUCACGGAUUUAGGAUUGGCGAGCAAGUAGAGCUGAACAAGAAGGUAAACAUAAGGCUGCUCACUGAAGAAGAGAAGAAACAGCACGUUCUACGAUCACAGAAGUUGGAAAGCGCUAAGUUGCAUGAGCAAAUCAAGAAGAAAUUCGGAACAAACGAAAGCCAGACAAAAAAGAUUCUCGAAAUCAACAAUAUCAACGAGUCUGAUGAGCGUGCUAUGGGUGUCUUAAAUAAGAAGCUCGCACAAUCAGGGCCUGAAUUUAGCAAUACACUUGAUGACGAUUUGGAAACUCUUCUUGGAGGCUCAUCAGCAGCCAACAGCCAAAAGACAGCCGUUGACAAUGCAGACUUGGAUUCGUUGCUAGAGAAGCUUGACGAGAGCAAGAUCCUCGAUGAAACUCCAAAAGUAAGAGGACAGAUCUCGAAAAAGGAUGAGGAUUUUCUCGACGAGUUGCUAGGCUAG